AGCUGAGCCAGGUACAGGGGGUGGUGGGGUCUGUGCUUUUAUAAUCCCAUCUGAUGAGUGGAAGCAGAGAAACACUCAGCCUCCCAUCAAAAUUUCUACUGAUCAGAGAAAGUCAUCGGCAGACGGCGGAGAAGAGUGGGAGAGAGAGAGAAUGUUUUUGAGCAGUAAAAGAUAGCAGUUUUUGGCAAAAGAAAACCGACGUGAAUGAAUAAAUACUGCCACUUCUGGCCACUGAAUGGUGGUUUUUGUCAACAAAACCCACUGAUUCUCACGCACACAGCACACUCACCCUUCCAACAACCCCCCUCAAUCUCACGUCCUUUCCUUACUUUCUGUCCUCUCUCUGCAAUUCCAUGAACGACUUUUUAGGGCAGGUGAUGAUGAUGAUGUGAAAAACCGUAAUAGUGGGUUUUCAUUUAAUUUAAAAAAGCUAGCUAAAACCCACUACAUAAAUAGGAGAGGGUGAGAAGAAGACCUGCUAAUUCAUUCACUAGUGUUUGCUUGUUUUCCAUCUUGGUCUUUUAAUUUCUUCAGGAGUAGGUUUGCUUUCUUUCUUUUAAUUGGGUGUUUGUGUUAAAGCCUUUUGUCUGCUUGUAGGGCUUGAAUCACAUUUUUUUUUUUAAAGUUUAAUGAUAGAAGCCUCAAGCCUGUGUAUGCUUGUUUUGGUUGAAAAAAGGCAGUAAAAGACAGAAAAGUAAAAGCCUUUUCUUCUACCCUUUUGUUUACUCUCUGCCUGGUGCAUGCACGUCUCUGGUCAUUUGAUCAUGACUCCUGAGAGUCUUUUUUGAAUGUCUGUUUUGAGCAUAUACCGAUUCUUUCUGAGAAUUUGAGCAAAUCGGGGAAAUUACUAUUCCUUCUCUUGAUUUUGUCUCUGUGCUGCUUGGAAAUGGAGCUAGCAGAGAUGUGGUCGACAGUGAUUCCUUGAAUACUAUUCUUGGCUUCCUUAUUUGUUAAAGAAUGGUGGGUUUUGAGUAAGUGGAGAUUCAGAGCAGUUACAACGAAAGACCAAAGCAUUAAUGGCAGACCAAGGUUCAAUUCCAUCUCCUACAGAUAAAUACAGGAAACCCACUUCAUUUCCUAAGUUGUUCACUGCUUUUGCCUUCAAGAACUUCUGUGAAACCGAUACUGUAAUGAGCCCAACUUCCAUUCUUGACACCAAAUCUUUCUCUGGAUUGAAAAACCAUCCAUGGUGGACUGAACAAGUUAAUACACCUAAAACCCCAGAACCCGAGCCAAGACAGAAGCUUGAAUCAAAAGGGGUUGGACUUGCCAUAGUCGACUCUCUCAAGGAUGAAGACCCCAAAUUGUCAAAACCCGAAUCAAGAAUGGUUCUUUACGGGUCGCAGUUAAAGAUCCAAAUACCUCCUCUGUUUCCCUCUGUUUCUUCAUUGACAGAAUCUCCAAAAUCCCCUACCGAUUUCGGUAUCAAGACAAAGAAUUCUCAAAUGGGUUCCUUCUCUUCUGGGUUAUCUCCAUCUCCACACAAGAAAUCUCUAUUCGGGUCUGAAGGUUCGGGUAUGAACACUCCCGUUUCUCCUCGGGUCUUCACUGGGCGUCUUUGUGCAAGCGAGAUGGAGCUCUCUGAGGACUACACCUGCGUGAUCGCGUACGGGCCUGUCCCAAGAACCACUCAUAUUUUCGAUGACUGCAUGGUUGAGUGCUCGUACGGUGUCGCCGGCUUCCCUGCUUCGAGGAAUGAAGAUGGGUUUUUGGGUGACCCGGCAAGUUAUCCAUCUCAGAAUUUCUUGAGCUCUUGCUAUGGUUGCAAGAAGAAUCUUGGCCUGGGAAAAGACAUUUACAUGUACAGAGGUGAGAAAGCUUUCUGCAGCCUCGAAUGCCGGUACCAGGAGAUGCUGUUAGAGGAGGGACUGGGUAAAUUAGAAGAUGGUGAUAUUUAUGGAACUUUUUCAUGAUAAUUUUCUUCUUGUUAAUUAACAGUCUUGGUAUCAUUUUCCUUUUCUUUUUGUGAGACUGAUAAUAAUCUGUUCCAACAUAUGUUUCCUACUUGCUCCUUUGGCUGCAAUGUUUGUAGAGUUGGUCGUCAAGAAAUGAAUUAUUAGGUGAUUACUGUUUGGGUU